CCGCCGGAGCCUCGCCGCGCUGGGAGCCGCCUGCGCCCUCCGCGGCCCGGAUGUGGUAAAAUGAGGAUAUUGUCCUCUUACCAAAGGAGCUUAGGAAACCCGACCCGGCGAGCCUCCCAGGCCCAGCCCUGCCGGGAGCCCUCCUGUAUCACGCCGACUCGCAGAAGAGCGUGACCGUGGAACAGGGCACCAUGAAGGUUGAGUUACUGCCUGCACUGACCGACAACUACAUGUACCUGAUCAUCGAUGACGAGACCAAGGAGGCUGGUGUGGUGGACCCGGUGCAGCCCCAGAAGGUUGUAGAAGCGGUGAAAAAGCACGGCGUGAGGCUGACCACAGUGCUCACCACCCACCACCACUGGGACCAUGCUGGUGGGAACGAGAAGCUGGUCAAGCUGGAGCCUGGGUUGAAGGUGUGCGGGGGUGAUGACCGGAUCGGGGCCCUGACUCAGAAGGUCACGCACCUGUCCACACUGCAGGUGGGGUCUCUCAAUGUCAAGUGCCUGUCCACCCCGUGCCACACUUCUGGACACAUCUGCUACUUUGUGAGCAAGCCCAACAGCUCCGAGCCUCCUGCCGUGUUCACAGGCGACACCUUGUUCGUGGCCGGCUGCGGGAAGUUCUACGAAGGGACUGCGGAUGAGAUGUACAGAGCCCUGCUGGAGGUCCUGGGCCGGCUCCCUCCAGACACAAGAGUGUACUGUGGCCACGAGUACACCAUCAACAACCUCAAGUUUGCACGGCACGUGGAGCCCAGCAAUGCCGCCGUUCAGGAGAAGCUGGCCUGGGCCAAGGAGAAGUACAGUAUCGGGGAGCCCACUGUGCCAUCCACCAUCGCAGAGGAGUUCACCUACAACCCAUUCAUGAGAGUGAGGGAGAAGACCGUGCAGCAGCAUGCGGGCGAGACGGACCCUGUGACCACCAUGAGGGCCAUCCGCAAAGAGAAGGACCACUUCAAGGUGCCCCGGGACUGAGGCGCUGUGGGGCCUCCGCUGCCCUCAAGCACAUAUGGGUAUUCAGGGGUUUUAGGUACAUUUCCUGCUGGCAGUGCAGGAAAUCCAGUCUUGGUUUAACCUUAAAUUAAUUUCAGAGCCCUUUGCUUGUGUUAUCGAUGUUCUAAUGCAUAUUUAUAAGAGAAGUUGAGAAAGCGGAUCCUGGA